UCUUCCUGUCCAAAUCAUCACCAAAUGGCGGACGACGCCGGUGGUAGAGGAGGUUUUCGCGGAGGUUUCGGCGCUGGCGGCCGUGGUCGGGGCCGCGGACGCGGCAGAGGCCGUGGCAGGGGCCGCGGUGCUCGGGGUGGCAAAUCCGAGGACAAGGAGUGGGUGCCAGUCACGAAGCUGGGUCGCCUGGUUAAGGACAUGAAGAUCAAAUCCCUGGAGGAAAUCUAUCUGUACUCUCUGCCCAUCAAGGAGUCUGAGAUCAUUGACUUCUUCCUGGGUUCUGGUUUGAAGGAUGAGGUGUUGAAAAUUAUGCCUGUCCAGAAGCAGACCAGGGCUGGUCAGCGCACAAGGUUCAAGGCCUUUGUUGCCAUUGGCGACUACAACGGUCAUGUGGGUCUUGGGGUGAAAUGCUCCAAAGAGGUUGCCACAGCCAUCCGUGGAGCCAUCAUCCUGGCCAAGCUGUCAAUCGUCCCCGUCAGGAGAGGUUAUUGGGGUAACAAAAUCGGCAAGCCCCACACCGUGCCCUGCAAGGUCACCGGUCGCUGCGGAUCUGUUUUGGUGCGUCUCAUCCCGGCUCCCCGUGGUACUGGCAUCGUGUCCGCCCCUGUGCCCAAAAAGCUGCUCAUGAUGGCUGGUAUUGAUGACUGCUACACCUCGGCCAGGGGCUGCACUGCUACACUUGGAAACUUUGCUAAGGCCACCUUCGAUGCAAUCUCCAAGACUUACAGCUAUCUAACCCCUGAUCUCUGGAAGGAGACUGUGUUCACAAAGUCUCCGUACCAGGAGUUUACUGACCAUCUGGCCAAGACUCACACCAGGGUGUCUGUGCAGAGAGGCCAGCCAGUGCAAGCCGCCACCUCCUGAACAUUUUCUACAGAGAACAGUUGAAUAAACGUUCGGAAAAAUGA